GUUGACGUGUCAAUGAUAUUGAAUGAGAUCUCAAGAGAUGAUGAACAACAAUCAUUUGUCAGUCUCAAUAACCGAGAUUUAACUGCAGAAACAUAAACAAAUUUGAAAUAACAAAUUACAUAUUUGCCACCUAUGUAUGCAUCAAUAUCAUUCAUUGUUCUUUUUGCUGCAAUUUUAAGUUAACUUCAAUAUCCAAGGGCAUAAACCUUUCCCUUGUUUUUGGAAUUACCAUUUUAAAAGAAUUAAUUAUUUACUGUAUAAUAUUUUAUAAUUCUAAUCUUUAGAUUGGAAAUGCACUGAUGAGUUUGAUAGGCAUCCUAAUCUAUUAUUUAGUCUACCAGACAAACCAAAAAGUCACACAAAAACUAAGAUUAAGUCAAAGACAUGUCUCCUUCAAACCUUUUUCAUUUUAGAUUUUCCUCAGUGGAGUGUCAUCCCAUUUGUCAUUUUUAGCAUUUGCAUUGCUCCCAAUUGAGUAAAAAAACAAAGCCAACUACAUAUGUAUCACUAUUUCCUAUAUAUUAUUUUUACUAUUACUCUAGACACCGAAGAUAGGAUUUUAUUAACCUUCUCCUUUUUGAUGAACUUCCUCUACACUA